UCUGAAGAAAAAAAACCUAACCGUGUGUGGUGAUUUACGAAAUUUCGAACAUAAACUUAUAUUUUCACUGUUACUGUAAUAUUAUUUUAAUAUAAUCAUAGAAUAAAGUAUAAAUAUAUAUCAUCUUGUUCCGACAUCGAAAUGUCCAAAAGGUGUUAAAAAUGAAUUUUAAAAUCAAAGCAGCCUUGUUAGACGACGUUCAUACAGAUUUCAUAGUCGCCGUUUUCGAGAAUACACUUUUCAUUGUGGUCACGCAAAAUUCAAAACUUGGAACGCUGUAUCUAUACAAUCCACACGGUUUAUCAACCGACGAUCAAGGAUUCGACAUAAAACCUCUGUUUGGUCGAGAAGACGAAUUUCUUACUGCUGGCGUAGCAAGUUUGAUGCGAGCCUUAAACGUUGAUCGUAGAGUAAUAGUAUCACUCAUGUUAGAAAACUCAAACUUUCGAACCAUUAGAGCUAUACAAGAAGUCUUAUCUCAAUUAGUUUAAAGUUAACGUAUUACACAAGUAUGCCACUAUACGGUCAAGUGGUGAUCGGUCCACCCGGAAGUGGUAAAACUACUUAUUGCCAUGAAAUGAGUAAAUAUUUGACAGAAAUGGGUCGUCAAGUUGCCAUAAUAAAUAUAGAUCCCGCCAACGAUUCAUUGUGUUAUGAAGCAGCCGUCGACGUUUCCGAUCUCAUUACUGUAGAAGAUGUCAUGGAAUAUAAGAAUUUGGGACCAAACGGUUCUUUGAUUUAUUGUAUUGAAUAUUUGGAAAGACGUCUUGACUGGCUUUUAGAAAAUUUGAGGAAAUUUACCAAUUUUUAUUUUCUGUUUGAUUGUCCUGGACAGAUAGAAUUAUAUACUCAUCACAACUCUAUGAAGAACAUAAUGGCUGCGAUUAAGAAUGAGUUGGAUACGAGAUUAUGUUGCGUGCAACUCAUUGAUGGACAUUAUUGUAGUGAUCCAGGUAAAUACAUAUCGGCACUUUUAAUGUGUACAUCCGCAAUGUAUCAAAUGGAACUACCUCAUAUUAAUAUAUUAUCGAAAAUUGAUAUCGCUAUUAAGCACAAAUCAAAACUACUCUUUAAUUUGGAUUAUUAUACAGACGUUUUAAGUCUCGAUCAGCUGUUGAACGCAUUACAAAAUGAUCCGUUUACUGCCAGAUAUCGUCGUUUAAACAAAGCUAUAGUAAGUCUGAUAGAAGGACAAAAUAUCGUUUCAUUUAUUCCGUUGAACGUGAAAGAUAAACGUACCAUGGAAGUGGUCAGAAAAAACAUCGAUAGAGCUAAUGGAUACAUGUUCAGCGCACAAGAGAAUAAGAGUGCAGAAAUGUUAAGUUCAGUAAUGCAGUUAGACAUCAAUGAUUUAACUUUAGAUGUCUUGGAGCAUAUACCAAAAGAUGAUUCUACUGAAAUGAUUUGAAAAUAUAUAUUUUUUUUUAUUUAACUUAUAAGGGUAAAAAGAAAAAAUGCAAAGAAAAGAAAAAUAA